GAUGCUGCUCGCUGUUUGCAGCUCGACACGGAGGAGAACAGUGGAUUCCGUUGGGAGGCUGUAGCUCAUCGCCAGACAGUUUUAUGUGGAUCUCUCUUGGUUGUACUUUUAGGUUAACGGUGUCACCUCUGUGAUGAAUCCACCGAGCCGCCACUCCUAUGUGGAUCUAAACUAGCCUGGAAUAUGAUCAGAAGAAGAAAAUAAGCGGCGGCGGCUGGCUUCCUGCGGGAUUCUGCCCAGUCUUUUUGUUUUUCUGUGGACAUGCCUGGUCUAUGGAGCAAAGCUGAGAGAGGCUAGCUGGCCGACAGUCCGGCUAGCGCAACAUUUCCAGGAUUUUUGAUGAUUGUUCAGCCGAAAAGCUGAUUUAUUUUGGAUCAGCCAUUGCUUUCCCAGCCGGGAUAAGGAGUCAGCAUGGGGGAGCCCAGCCUGGACGACUCCAAUGUCAAGGUGGCUGUUCGUGUUCGGCCCAUGAACAGGAGAGAAAAGGAAUUAAACACUAAAUGUGUUGUGGAAAUGGUGAAGAACCAGACCAUCCUCCAUCCUGCAGGAGCUAACCUUGGAAAAGGAGACUCCAGGAGUCAGUCCAAGGUCUUUGCUUAUGAUUAUUGUUUCUGGUCCAUGGACGAGACAGAAAAGGAAAAAUUUGCAGGUCAGGAGGUGGUGUUCCAGUGCCUUGGGGAAAGUCUUCUCCGCAACGCCUUCCAGGGCUACAAUGCCUGUAUCUUUGCCUAUGGACAAACUGGUUCAGGAAAGUCAUACACCAUGAUGGGGUCAGGGGACCAGCCAGGGCUGAUUCCCCGCCUGUGCAGUGCUUUGUUUGAACGAACUCAAAAGGAACAGCGCGAGGAGGAGAGCUUCACUGUUGAGGUAUCCUACAUGGAGAUCUACAACGAGAAGGUCCGAGAUCUGCUUGACCCCAAAGGGGGUAGACAAACACUGAGGGUAAGGGAACAUAAAGUUUUGGGUCCCUAUGUGGACGGGCUGUCUCGACUAGCGGUGGCCAGCUACAAGGACAUUGGAUCUCUGAUGUCAGAGGGGAAUAAAUCUCGCACUGUCGCUGCCACCAACAUGAAUGAGGAGAGCAGUCGAUCACAUGCUGUCUUCAACAUCAUACUCACACACACACUCAAAGAUUUGCAGUCUGGGACGAGUGGAGAGAAGGUGAGUCGGUUGAGUCUGGUCGACUUGGCUGGAAGUGAGCGAGCAGCAAAAACUGGAGCAGCAGGAGAGCGACUAAAGGAGGGAAGCAACAUCAACAAGUCUCUCACUACACUAGGUUUGGUGAUCUCAGCACUGGCUGAACAGGGAACGGCCAAGAACAAGACCAAGUUUGUUCCUUACAGAGACUCUGUUCUGACAUGGCUGCUAAAGGAUUGCCUGGGUGGCAACAGUCGCACAGCAAUGGUUGCAACUGUGAGUCCAGCAGCAGACAACUAUGAGGAGACGCUUUCUACGCUGCGUUAUGCUGACCGAGCAAAGAGCAUCGUUAAUCACGCUGUUGUCAAUGAAGACCCUAAUGCUCGCAUCAUCAGGGAGCUCCGGGAGGAAGUAGAGAAACUACGAGUACAACUGACCCAGGCAGAGUCUUUGAAAGCUCCAGAGUUGAAAGAGCGUCUGGAAGAGUCUGAAAAAUUGAUUCAAGAGAUGACCGUCACCUGGGAGGAGAAGCUCCGCAAAACUGAGGAGAUUGCACAGGAGCGCCAGAAGCAGUUGGAGAGUCUGGGUAUUUCUCUCCAAUCUUCAGGGAUCAAAGUUGGAGAUGAUAAAAGUUUUCUUGUCAACCUUAAUGCUGAUCCUGCCCUCAAUGAACUGCUUGUGUACUACCUGAAGCAACACACAAAAGUGGGUUCAGCAGACUCUCAGGACAUCCAGCUGUGCGGGAUGGGUAUCCAGGCAGAGCACUGUGUCAUUGAUAUUACGGCAGAUGCUGCUGUCAUCCUCACCUCGUACCGCAAUGCUCGGACAUGUGUUAAUGGUUCUCCAGUAACCAGCGCUUUGCAACUUCAUCAUGGUGACAGAAUCCUCUGGGGAAACAACCACUUUUUUCGGAUCAACCUGCCUAAGCGCCGAUCUCGGGCAGCAGAGGAUGAGGAGGGUGAGGGAGGCGUAAUGAAGAACAGUGGUAGCAGUGAACAGCUGGAUGCAGACGGUGACACAGCCAGUGAGGUGUCCAGUGAAGUCAGCUUCUCUUACGAGUUUGCCCAGACAGAGGUCAUGAUGAAGGCCUUGGGCAACAAUGACCCCAUGCAGGCAGUCCUCCAGUCUCUGGAGAGGCAGCAUGAAGAAGAGAAACGUUCUGCAUUGGAGCGACAGAGGCAGAUGUAUGAGCAGGAGCUCCAGCAACUCCGCAAGAAGCUUAACCCAGACCGUCUGUCCACCGGCCAGUCCGGAGGGCCAACAUCUGGCCAGCAAAGUUCAGGACAGCAGUCUCACUACCGCAGCCUGGAGAGACUCAGUAUUGGAGGGAUGAGCCAUUCAACCAGCGCUCAGAGCAGACUGAGACAGUGGAGUGAGGACAGAGAGGUGGUGUUGGUGAGGAGUCUGCGGAGGUUGAGGGAGCAAAUAGUGAAAGCAAACCUGCUGGUGCAAGAAGCAUGUUUCAUUGCUGAGGAGCUGGAGCGACACACCGAAUACAGAGUCACCUUGCAGAUCCCAUCAGACAACCUCAACGCAAACCGCAAGAGGGAUGCAGUACUGAGUGAGCCAGCAAUUCAGGUUCGACGACGCUGUCGAGGGAAACAGAUCUGGAGUUUGGAGAAGAUGGAGAACCGUCUGGUGGACAUGAGAGAGCUGUAUCAGGAAUGGCAAGAGUACCACCUCCAUGAUCAAGACAACCCCGUAAUGCGCUCAUAUUUCCGUCGAGCGGACCCGUUCUUUGAUGAGCAGGAAAACCAUAGUCUGAUAGGUGUUGCCAACGUCUUCCUUUCCUGUCUGUUCUACGAUGUCAAGCUACAGUAUGCUGUUCCUAUCAUCAACCAAAAGGGAGAGGUUGCUGGGCGCCUGCAUGUGGAGGUUGUGAGGGUUGGAGGGGGCUUAGACGACAGCAUGGCUGGAGGAGAUGAAUCUGACAACAACCAAGACAAUGAAGUUCAGGAUCGCAAACUGGUUUGCAUGAUUAAGAUCCUGCAAGCCACUGGUCUUCCUCAGUAUCUGUCCAACUUCGUCUUCUGUCAGUAUUCAUUCUGGGACCAGCCUGAGCCCAUCAUUGUAGCCCCUGAAGUUGACACAUCAUCCUCGUCACCCAGUACCAAGGACCCGCAUUGCAUGGUGGUGUUUGACAGCUGCAAGGAAAUGGCGGUGUCAGUAACUGAGGAUUUCAUUGAGUACCUCACAGAAGGGGCAGUUGCCAUUGAGGUGUAUGGACACAGACAGGCUGAUGCAGGAAGAAACCCUGCCCUGUGGGACCUCAGCAUCAUCCAGGCCAAGACACGCACAUUACGAGAUAGGUGGAGUGAGGUAACACGUCGCCUGGAGCUAUGGAUUCAAAUCUUGGAAAUAAAUGAGAACGGAGACUUUGUCCCAGUGGAAGUGGUCCCAGCCAGAGACGUGCGGACUGGGGGAAUCUUCCAGCUUCGGCAGGGUCAGUCGAGGCGAAUCCAGGUAGAUGUGCGUUCAGUUCAGGACUCGGGCACAAUGCCUCUGAUAGCAGAGAUUGUGCUUGCAGUAUCAGUGGGUUGUGUAGAGAUCAGAAACACUACACCAAACCAGGAAGGAGACGAGAUGGACAGUUACCAGGAAAGAGAUCUGGAACGUUUGCGGCGGCAGUGGUUAGCUACUCUCACCGAGAGACAGGAAUACCUCGACCAGCACUUGCAGAGCUUGGUUAUCAAAGCAGAAAAGACAGAGGAUGACACGGAGAGGGAGGCCCAGCUGCUUGAGUGGCGCUUGACUCUGACAGAAGAAAGAAACGCGGUCAUGGUGCCCUCUGCUGGCAGCGGCAUUCCAGGAGCACCCGCUGAAUGGGUUCCUUUACCAGGCAUGGAGACCCACACUCCUGUCCUCUUUCUGAACCUCAAACCUGAUGACCUCAGCUCCCAAGACCAGUUUGAGGUACCUGAGGCUGGAGGUUGGGAUGCCACCUUGAGUGGGGAGGAUGAGGACGACUUUUUUGACCUCCAAAUUGUCAAACACUACGAUGGAGAGGUGAAAGCAGAAGCAUCGUGGGACUCUACUGUCCAUGACUGUCCUCAGCUCAGUCGUGGGGGAGCGUGGCCGGAGCAGCGCGUCUAUCUGACCGUUCGAGUGGUGAUUCAGCUCAGCCACCCUGCUGACAUGCAACUAGUGCUGAGAAAGAGGAUCUGUGUCAAUGUUAACCCGGGCCGCCAGGGUUUUGCCCACAACUUUCUUAAAAGGAUGUCAACCCGCAGCACUAUACCUGGCUGUGGGGUCACAUUUGAGGUGGUCUCCAACAUCCCUGGGGACACUCCUGGUUCAGAGGACAGGGAGUUGUUGGCCCGACUUGCUGCCAGCGCACACAAAGGCCAGUCAGGUGAUGACGAGGCUGCCAUUGAGAAAUACCUCCGCAGUGUCCUGAGUCUGGAGAACAUCCUGACUCUGGAUAGACUCAGACAGGAGGUGGCAGUGAAGGAGCAGCUGACUAGCAGAGGAAGGAGUAAUAGACGGAGCAUAAGCUCUCCAUCUGUCCACAGGCUGUCUGGAAGUAGACAAGACCUGUCCACGACCUCCCUGCUGGAUGAGAAGGGUCGAUGGGAAAGUCAGCAGGAUAUCUUUAUGCCCUCUCAGUUUCACCGGACCCUCCCCCGCCCAGCCUCAUCCCCUUCCACCUACUCCACCUCCCCCUCUUCAUCCCCUACUCCCUUUGCCAUGACCUCUCCACAGAACCAGGAACCAGAGCAAGGUCGUUCAGGACUUGCUGCCUCUUAUCUUUCAGUUAAAGCGCUGGUUCCUCAGAUGCCCAAACUGCUCAAGUCUCUGUUUCCAGUGCGAGAUGACAAGAAGGAGCUGAGACCUUCACCACACAACCAGCAGCAGCAUGUGCCUCGCAUCGUGACAUCAUCAGGAGGGGACGACAGCCGAGUCAAGUCUGAGACGACUGCUAUUCUACGGCCCCCAACCAAAGACAGACGAGCAGAGUUCCCAGAGGUCCCGCCUCUUCCUGUGCAUGACCCGCAUGACACCACCCCCCUCAGCCCCCUCAGCCAGUCAUCAAGCGGCUACUUCUCCACUAGUGUUUCUACAGUUACCCUGUCUGACGUUCUCCAACCCUCCUCCUCGUCUUCCUCCCUCAUGGCUGCUGAGACUACGUUACUCACAAAUCCCCAGCAGCAGGGUGCUGACAGGAACGAUAUUGUGACCUCUCCUUCUCAGUGUGGCCCCAAGAUGGCCGUCAUGGCUCCGCCUGUUUCCCACAGCUCAGCCAAUCACAACAACAUCACAGCGGAAAUCUCCUCCGAACAGAAGCAGGUAAACUCAGGAGGAGGAGGAGGUGAAAGCUUUGAGAGGCUGGAGAUCUUGGUGGAUGAUGAAGAGCAUAGUCAUGACGACGUACUCCCUGAUUGGCUGACAGAGGGGGCGUAUGUUACAGUAGGAAGCAAUAAGGCGGGGACUGUGCGCUACGUGGGAAUGACGCAGUUUGCUGAAGGAGUGUGGGUGGGGGUGGAGCUGGACACUCCUGUAGGUAAGAAUGACGGCUCAGUUGGAGGUCAACGGUAUUUCCACUGUAAACCAGGUUAUGGGGUGCUGGUCCGCCCAGAUCGGCUGUCCUGUCGGGAUCGGUCCAGUCGGCAGACAGGAAACUUUGCCCCUCCCGCCCACGUCCCCAUCCUGAGAGGAGAAGCUAUUGUUGCACGUCGGGGGGAGAACCGUAAGUCUUGGAGCAGCUGAGACAAAAAUUUAGGAGCUGGAUGGGAGAGAUGAACUCCCCACAGUCCUCCUCCUCCUCUCUUCCUCUCCACCCAGCUAUGCAAGAGGCUCACACAUCAGAACUGACCUACUGCCUAACCUCCUAUAGUUGGAAACUACACUCACUAUGUUCAUUCACAGGAAAUGGAUGGACAUAGAAUAAAGACAGUGAAGAGACCCAUCAGAACAAAUGCAAGUAAGUUGAUGAAAGACUGUGCAGAGUAUGUAGAAGUCCGUGGAAGGACUGUUUAUCAUGUGGGAAGAUGAUGUAAAGUAAAAAUAGCGGUCAGUGGGAAGACUGCUGAGAGUGAAUGGAGGGACUUAUUUGGACCUGGGAAGUGAAUAGACUCUGCCGGCUGGAUGAUUUGCCUCAGAGGUGCUUUCUGAAAUGAUAUACAGGGAUGCAAACUGUCACUGUUUUGAGGUCAGAGCCUAUCAUUUGUUUGGGAGAAGAAAAAAAACCACCUUUUUUAGAGUGAAAAAAGUCUCUUUUCUAGUCUGAUGAUGGCUAAUGUUUUUUUGUGCCUGAUCUUUUUUUUUAUUAUCUAUUUCAUUAUUGUUUACUUUCAUGAUUCAUUCUUGAUAUCCCUCAUAUCUAAAGGGGAAAAUCAAAAUGAGGUCAAACAGAUUUAUAGCCACAAUCUGAGAAGCUUAAAUCAAUAUGGAAAAGGUUGAAUAGUUUAUUAUUUAAUUUAUUUUAUCUUUAUUUUAUCUCUAUGUAUUUUAUUUUUUUUACUCUAUCACUCUCCCUCCAUGUCGUUCUGAGCUAAAUGAUUUCUGUUCUUUGUAAAUGAGGAAAUAGAUCCACUUAAAUUGUAAACACUUUUUAUUUUAAAUUGGUGUUGAAGUGAUAUAAACUUCAAACCAUGUUAGUCAUUCUGUGACAGAAUGCUUUUUCACAUGGAAUGUGUUUGCAUCCCUGCAUAUUAUGUCUUUACUUUGUAUCCCUGAGACUCCAUAUCCCAGAAUUCACCCCUACGGCUGCCACUCCCCUGAACUCUCCACAUCCAGUGUGCAGACGCACCCCUUGACUCACUGAGACUCAUCUCUCCCUCCUGGACUCUUUCUUUUGAUGAUAGAUCCUCCCAGAAUGUGCCUUCACCAUGGCUUGGUUUGCAUUGGGUUUUCUGGAUAUUUAAUUUCUGUUAGCUGUGUUUAUGUUGAAAAGAAUGCCUUGUGCUAAGUGUGAGGUGAUCUCAGGGACUGCAGAGGGGAAAGGACAAGGUGGGGUGUGCGUGUCUGUGUGUGUGUUUCUAAUUGUUGUACAGUGUUGCACAAGUAAGUUCGUAUUGUUGUCGUGCUUGGUGUUAAAGAUGAGCUGUGUAGAACCGAAAGAGUCGUGUCU